AGUCGCUACAAACUUCCUUUUCCCGUCGUCCAUAUUGGCAGAAAGGAGGUAGAGUCACUUUUACAUUUUUCUUCCUUCAAAACUAGUCUCCGUAGUUUUAUUUUACGAAUAAGUAAUUUGUAUUAAGUCGAAGUAUUAAUUAGCGAAGAGAUAUGAAUAAAAAAAAGGCGAAUUUAGAAAUUGGAAAAUUUACCACGUGCUCAAGGUGCCAAGAUGACCAAUACCAAGGGUUACCGCCGCGGAACGCGGUAUAUGUUCUCAAGACAAUUCCGCCACAAGGGUCUUAUUCCCUUGUCCACUUAUAUGAAAGUCUACCGACGUGGUGAUAUCGUCGACAUCAAGGGAAACGGCGCGGUACAAAAGGGUAUGCCGCAUAAAUCCUACCACGGCCGUACUGGAAAAGUUUUCAACGUUACACAACAUGCCGUUGGAGUCAUCGUCAACAAGCGUGUAAAGGGCAGAAUUUUGCCAAAGAGAAUCAACGUUAGAGUAGAGCACGUCAAACACUCGAACUGUCGUUUGGAUUUCUUGAAACGUGUAAAGGAGAAUGAAAACAUAAAGAAAGCCGCUAAAGCUAAGAACGAAAAGUUUACCGUUAAGAGAAUCCCGGAGCAACCCAAGGAGGCUCACUACGUUAGAACAAAGUUCAACAAGCCUCAAUUUUUGACACCUAUUCCUUACGAGUUUAUUGCCUAA